GUUGCGCAUCGUCUUCGUUUGGGAGUACUCGUUUCCAUGGAUCGCGUUGUGUGAAUAUGAAAGCAAAAGUUUCCGCAGAACGACUUCUGAGUCCUAAUUAAUCGACAACUCCCACUCUUCACUCUGCCGAGAAAAGUGAAGAAGCCGAGAACAACGAAAAGUGACAAAGUGCCAAGAGAUUUGAGACAUCAACGAAAGUUGUCUAAUUUCCUGCCCGCCGUGUGAAUACAAAAGCCACAAGACGAUGACGGCCACGGGAGAGCCAGGAGCUCGCGAGGAUUCCUCCGUCGGCGGAGGUCCGACGACCAUCACCACCCCCACCAGCGUUAUCGCUCCAAGCCCGAUCCCAGUGCCCAGCGAUGUGCCCAUGCCCAAUUCGAAUGGCAGUGGCAACCACAAGAGCACCAUCGUCAUCGAAAGUCAGCCGAAGCGGCGGGUCAGCAUUAUCUCCGAUCCGCCGGUGAUCGCCGGAACUGGAGGUCUCGGUGCCGGAUACGAUAAUCCCGCCUACGAACAGAACCCGAGGCGUAAAAUUUCACAGACUUCCACACACUCGCACUCGGAUAUUGGGCCGGCGCGAAGGAAGAGCAUCCUCAAGGAGCCAGUGCCCCAUGACAACGAUAGUGACCGGGCCUCAACCCACAGCUAUGAAAACUAUCGACAGAAUGCGCUGGACGUGCUCAACGCGAAGUACAAUGGCCACCAGAUGGGAAACACUUCCGGUGGCGACAGCAAUGGCGGAGCCAACUACGUGGAGGAGUCCUGGAUGUACACCUUCUGCCUCAAGUGCCGCGGCGAGGAGCCCUCCUCGUCCUGGGAGCCGCCCUUCUGGCAGAAGAUCUUCCCCUACCCGCUCUGUCCCACCUUCAGGACGGUGUCCCGCCUGAUUUCAAUUAUUCUAAUUGGUGUCCUUAUCUGGGUCACGGCCUUUGUGAUCAUCGGCGACUCAGCUGCCCCUGGAGGACAGCUCUUCGGCCUGGUCGUCCUCACUGUGGCCGCAAACUUUGGUGGCUACCUGAUAUCGCUGACCACCUUGCCGCGUCUAAUUGGAAUGCUCUUGGUGGGCAUUCUCUUCCAGAACGUUGGCUGGGCGAAUAUCGAUGGGGACUUCUCGAAGGUGACGGCGCACCUGCGCAAGUUCGCGCUGACCAUAAUCCUGACUCGAGCUGGCCUCGAAAUGGAGCCGGAGGCCUUCAAGAAGGUGUACAAGACGAUCCUGAAGCUGGGCAUCAUCCCGUGGUGCGUGGAGGCGGUGGUGAUGGCCGUGAUGUCGCACUUCCUGCUGGACCUGCCCUGGAUCUGGGCCUUCCUGCUGGGCUCGAUCAUCGCGGCGGUGUCUCCGGCUGUGGUGGUGCCCUGCCUUUUCCGGCUGCGGACCAAGGGCUACGGCGUGGCCAAGGGCAUUCCCACGCUGGUGGUGGCCGUGGCUGGAGUGGACGACGCCCUGUCGGUGGCCAUUUUCGGCAUCAUCAGCACGGUGAUGUUCUCCGACAAGGGGCUGGCCUACCAGAUCGCCCAGGCUCCGGUUUGCAUCCUGGGCGGACUGGGAUUCGGCGUCAUCUGGGGUUCGCUGGCCCGCAUCUUUCCGGAGAAGGGUGACGCGUACGUGGUGCCGCUGCGGACGCUGCUGCUCUUCACCGGCGGCCUGAUGGCCAUCUACGGCAGCGAGGAGCUGGGCUUCGAGGGCGCCGGACCCCUGGCCGUCGUCUUCUCGGCCUUCGUGUCGAACCUGUUCUGGUGCAAGGACGGCUGGGACGUGGAGGACAACCCGGUGUCCACCGCCUUCGAGAUCUUCUGGAUGAUCUUCGAGCCGAUCCUGUUCGGCCUGACCGGGGCCACCGUCAAGAUUCGCGAGCUGGACUCGCACACGGUGUCCAUUGGAGCGGCCUGCAUCUUCACGGGCGCCAUCCUGCGCAUCUUCACCACGGCGGGCAUUGCCUUCGGGGAUCGGCUGAACACCAAGGAGAAGUUCUUCGUCGGCCUGUCGUGGAUGGCCAAGGCCACGGUGCAGGCGGCCCUCGGUCCAGUGGCCCUGAAGCACCUCGGUGACGACUCCACGGACGAGGAGCGCAACUGGGCGAACAUCGUGCAGACGAUCUGCGUGUUCAGCAUCGUCCUGACCGCUCCGCUCGGAGCGAUCCUGAUCUCGGUGACGGGCACCAAGCUCCUGACCAAGACCAAACAGCCGCAGGAUCUCAGCGGCUGGCGACGCAGCCACCGGCCGUCCAUCCGCGACAUCAGCAUCAUCGACGAGGAGGAGGAGCGCGAGGAUCCCGAGAUCCCCGAGGACAAGGAGACGCACGACAACACGCUCACCAACGCCCACAUCCCCACCAUCUCCUACACCUACAACACAUAGUUCUCCUCGCCCUCCUUUUGCUCGACUUGUGUCAAGAAUAAUGUUGAUUGUUUUCCUAUUGUACACUAGUUUAAGCGGACCCUGCAUUCCGAAAUAAAUAAUUAAGAUAAGCACAA